GUAACACUACAAACACAAACGAAAACUUAGCAACACUGUUGCUGACUAACAAUCCAAAAUUAAGGAAAAAUUGAAAUAUUUUACACUGGACGCACUAGACCAAGAGGAUUUUAGUGACACUGAAAACGAUUGGACAAGUGCUGACGAGCGAACACAUCUUUUGUCGCAAAACAACGGUUCGAGCUCCAAUAGGCUCCAACUGCGGACGAAAUUAAAGCAGCUGACAACUCAGCUGUUUAAUUUUAAUAACGUGGACAUAGUUGAGUAUUGGAACCGGGCCAAUAAUAAUAACUAUCAGAAGCUUAGCACCGAAUUCGACAAGAAGUACGCAACAGUCAAAACCAACAGCAAAAGUAUGUCAGGAUCAGGAUCAACGGUGGGUGACGCUGCGGCGGCAUUGUCUGGAAAUUUGCAACUGCCGCCACUACGCAGUUUGGAUGACUUCAUUCUGGGUUCGGCUCGCUUUCAAUUGCCCAAUCUCAAGGAUUUCGAUAAGUGGGGCAAUCGUGUGGUAAAGAAUUUACUUUACUACCAAACCAAUUAUUUCCUACUCUUCCUUACAAUCUAUGCCCUGAUGAUUUUCUUCAAUCCCACGAAAAUUGUGAGUGGUCUCAUUGUUCAAGCUCUGAUCAUUGCCGUAAUUUGGCAAUUUUUCAGUGUGAAAACAAAGAAAAAUUUUAUUGCCAGUCGUCUGGGUGGUGGCAAUGCUCAGGCAGCCGAACAGAUUGCCCAACAGAAAUGGUAUAUUCUAGCCGGUGCCCUUAUCGGUGGCUAUCUAUUUUUGCAUUUGAUCAGCGCUGUUCUAUUGACUAUUUUCACACUCUUGCUACCAAUAUCGGUGACAUUCAUCCACGCCUCGUUGAGAUUAAGGAACUUGAAGAACAAAGUUGUCAACACAUUCGAUGGCACUCUGAUUAGUGCCUCCACACCGAUGGGUGCUCUCUUGGAUGCUGUCAAUGUUCGUGCCGAGGGAUUGGGAAAUUAAAGAUUGAAAUGAUGAUGAUGAUGAUAAAAGUGAAAUUGUGUAGAAUGCAAAGAAAUGAAAUGUUAUACAUAUAUAUCUUAAUCAAGUUCUGUACAUUAUUAUUAUUUUUAUGAACAAUUUUUGAUCUUUUUUUAUAUUGUAUUUGAAAUAUGAUUUUAUAUAUAUAGAAACACGCAUGUAUUUCUUUUUUUUUAAUUUUUGAUUCUAAAUAAUAAAGUUGUCCCUAUAAAGUAA